AUGGCUGCUAACUCCAGAUCCUCCGGGGCAAUAACCAUGUCCCACCGCAACAAUCCCGCGCCAUCGCCGCUCCCUCUAGUGGUCACUCUCAACUGCAUCGACGAUUGCGCCAUUGAACAAGACUCCCUCUCCGGGGUCGCCACCGUCGAACACGUCCCGCUCAGCCGCCUGGCCGAUGGCAAGAUCGAAUCGGCCUCCGCCGUCCUCCUCCAUUCCCUGGCUUACUUGCCGCGAGCGGCCCAGCGGCGUCUCCGCCCCUACCAGCUAGUCCUCUGCCUUGGCUCCGCUGACCGCGCCGUGGACUCUGCUCUUGCCGCCGACCUAGGGCUCCGCCUCGUCCACGUGGACACCUCCAGGGCCGAGGAGAUCGCGGACUCUGUGAUGGCUCUGUUCCUCGGGUUGCUCCGCCGGACUCACUUGCUUUCUCGCCAUGCCUUGUCUGCUUCGGGUUGGCUGGGGUCCGUACAACCGCUUUGUAGAGGUAUGAGGAGGUGCAGAGGGCUGGUUUUGGGGAUCGUCGGUAGAUCUGCUUCUGCAAGAGCUCUGGCCAGUCGGAGCUUGGCGUUCAAGAUGAGCGUUCUUUAUUUCGACGUUUACCAGGGGAAUGGACAAGUCAGUAGGUCUCCUAUCAGCUUUCCGUCAGCUGCUCGAAGAAUGGAUACUCUUAAUGAUUUGCUAGCCGCUAGUGACCUUAUCUCUCUUCAUUGUGCUUUGACAAAUGAGACAGUUCAGAUAAUGAAUGCAGAGUGUUUGCAGCAUGUAAAGCCUGGGGCAUUUCUUGUGAAUACAGGCAGCAGUCAGCUACUGGAUGACUGUGCUUUGAAGCAGCUUCUGAUCGAUGGGACAUUAGCUGGGUGUGCUUUGGAUGGUUAUGAAGGACCACAGUGGAUGGAAGCAUGGGUAAAAGAGAUGCCCAAUGUAUUGAUACUUCCUCGCAGUGCAGAUUACAGUGAAGAAGUGUGGAUGGAGAUACGGGAGAAAACAAUUUCUAUAUUGCAGUCCUUUUUCUUUGAUGGAGUUAUUCCAAAGGAUGCAACCUCUGAUGUUGAAGAGGAGGAUGCAAGUGAAUUAGGUGGCGAAGACAGUGAAAUGUUCCACAAAGAAGAUGGAGAAAGUUCUGUGCGUAUGACUGAUGAAGUUAAGUUGAGUCCAGACAGUGGCCAUAAAAGAGCUGUAGAUCAUCAGUCAUCCGAAUCUCCUGUUCUGGCUCAGGUUUCUGGCUUGUCGUCUCAAAAUACAAACACAAGGUCUGAAGGGAGACGCAGCAGAUCAGGUAAAAAGGCUAAAAAGAGACAUGGCCGCGCAAAGGCACAGCAGAAGUCAAGUGAUCCAUCCCAAUUGGAGAAAGAAAGUACUUCACAUCAAGAAGAUGAUACCGCACUGAGUGGCACCGACCAAGUGUUGAGUUCUGGGUCACGUUUUGCUUCACCUGAAGACUCCAGAAGCAGGAAAACACCUAUAGAGGCUACCAUACAAGAGCCCUCUUCUUCUGAUCAGUUUUUAAGCUCAAGCAGGCAGCAGGGCAAUGUUAGGUCAUGUGAGCUGCUGAAAGAUGGAUGUGUUAUAGCUCUGUACGCAAGAGACAGACCAGCACUCCAUGUGUCUAGGCAAAGAGUUAAAGGAGGAGGUUGGUUUUUGGAUGCCAUGUCAUCUGUCACCAAAAGAGAUCCUGCUGCGCAGUUCCUUGUUGUUUACAGAAACAAGGACACAAUGGGGUUGCGAUCUUUUGCUGCAGGCGGAAAGCUGUUGCAGAUAAACAGAAGGAUGGAGUUUGUAUUUGCAAGUCAUAGCUUUGAUGUCUGGGAGAGUUGGAUGAUGGAAGGAUCAUUGGAAGAAUGUAGGCUGGUUAACUGUAGAAAUCCUUUGGCUGUUUUGGAUGUACGUGUUGAGAUUCUUGCAGCUGUAGGAGAAGAAGAUGGAGUUACUCGCUGGCUAGAUUAG